CUAAGCAGUGUUUUUUUCCAUUGCUAAGAGUAAUUGAGAACUUAAAUCAUUGAAUUAUUUGUUAUCAUCCAAAAGAAAGGUUAAAUUUAUGGUAUACUCAAAAUAGAUUGUGGAUUUAAAAAAAAUGGGAUGAGACUUGUAUAUAAUUUGAUAAAAAUACUGAUAGCAUCAGUUAUAAUUCUGAUGAAUAAUUAAACGCAGAAAAAAAGGUUCGACGAAGUAAUAGCCAAUGCGGAGCACCUUAUCUCUUCUGGCUUCCAUAUUCUGAAGCACUUGCAGGUCGCAGCAAUACGUUAGAAUGGCUUAUGGAGCGGUGCUGGGUUCUUUUUCAGUUCCCAACCAUUGUAUCAGUGGCGAGUUUUCAAGUCAGCUGCGAAAACUUAACCCUCUUCUCCGCAUCUUCCCGCCGUUGAGCAGCCGCCACAAGGCGAAGAAACCAAAAUCCAUUGCUCCGGCUACCAGGGCAUCUCUGUCUGCGGCAAAGGAAGCAGUCCUCAGAAGCUUUAUUGAUAGAAAAGCUUUAAAGAUCAUUUCCGGACUUCAAAAUUUUGACAAGGAGAAGGUGGCGUCUGUUGUCAUUGCAGCAGAAAAG